AUGAAUGUCUUGGUAUAUUCAGGUCCCGGAACGACCACCGAGAGUGUCAAGCAUUGUCUUGAAUCAUUGAGACUUCACUUGUCCAAGUAUUAUGCAGUUCUUCCUGUUAGUGACACUGUUUUACUCACUGAACCCUGGAUGAGAAAAACAUCAAUGUUGGUAAUCCCUGGUGGAGCUGAUUUACCGUACUGUCAAGUAUUGAAUGGAGAAGGAAACAGGAAAAUCAAAAAGUAUGUCAAAGAUGGGGGCAAGUUUAUGGGAUUUUGCGCCGGUGGGUAUUAUUCCUCAGAGAGGUGUGAAUUUGACGUUGGAGGACCAUUGGAAGUAUCAGGAUCUAGAGAGCUUGCAUUUUAUCCAGGGACUUGCAGAGGGUGUGCAUUUAAAGGUUUCAAAUACGAGCUGCAUCUUGGCGCAAAAGCGUCAAAACUACUGGUUAACACUCAUGCUUUACCUCGCGCUCCUGAACAUGUCUACACUUAUUACAAUGGAGGAGGCAUCUUUCUUGAUAGUUCAAAAUUCAAAGAUGUUGAGGUAUUGGCAAGGUACGAUGGGCAAACCGAUAUCGACGAUCAGGAUCAAGCUGCUAUCAUUUACAGAAAGAUAGGCAAAGGUGGUGUUAUCUUAACAGGACCGCAUCCCGAAUUUUCCCCUAGAUUGUUCAAAGAUGUUGAAAAGGAGUUUGAGCCUGUUGUCGACAAGAUCAAGAAACACGACAAAGAGAGAAGAGUGUUUAUGAGAGAAUUGUUGAGAAAGUUGGACCUUCGUGUUAGUGAAGAUAUUGAAGAUACGACACCGAAAGUGACUCCCAUGUACAUUGCUUCACCAUACUCUGAAAAAGUUCACAAUUUGCUCACAAUACUCAGGGACAAUUUGGAUAUAAAGAAUGGAGUGUUUAAGGAUGACAAUGAUACGUUCAUUUUUCAAGAUGAAUCACAUGAACAAAAUCACGCUGGUGAAUCACAGUAUGAUGACGAGCAAGAUCCAACAAAAGGAAUCAAACAUGUAAAUUUCAUUACAUCAGGAAAUAUACCCACUGGUAAAAUGACUCCAUAUUUUAACUUGCAAAAGUUUUUCGACAAUCUUCGCAAAUUGUCGAAAGAUGCAGUAACCGAAUUUGGAAGCAUACUUGGCUACUCUGAAGUGAUCACGUCAACAAACACUAUCCUUGAAAAGAAUCCACAUUGGCUACAAUAUCUUCCCAAUGGUUUCACCUUAACUGCUUCUACUCAAAUUUCGGGUCGAGGUAGAGGUGGCAAUGUCUGGAUUAAUCCCCGCGGUGUGCUAGCUACCUCAAUCCUAUUCAAAAUACCCAAAUCAGAACAAGCUUCUUCCUCAAUUGUCACAUUACAAUAUUUGUGUGGAAUAGCUCUCAUUGAGGCUAUCUUGGGCUAUGGAAGCGAGGUUUCUGGAGAAGGUGUAGGGUACGAGGAUAUUCCCGUGCGUCUCAAGUGGCCCAAUGACAUCUUCAUAUUAAAGCCGGAAUACUUUGACAACAUGAAACAUGAAGUUGGGUCGACGGUUGAUGGUGACGAUGAAAAGUACGUCAAAAUAUCUGGUGCAUUGAUCAACUCCCAAUUUAUCGAUGGACAGUUCAAUUUGGUUUGGGGAGGAGGUGUCAAUGUUUCUAAUGAUGCACCAACUACCUCCUUGAACCUCGUAUUGCGCAAACUCAAUGACCUAAGGGUGAGUAAGGGUGCACCUGCAUUGCCACCAUAUGAACCAGAGAUUCUUCUAGCAAAGCUUGUAUUCACUAUCGAUCAAUUCUAUACUGUUUUCAAAAAGUCUGGUUUGCGUCCAUUCUUACCAUUAUAUUACAAGAGAUGGUUUCACUCUGAUCAAAGAGUAGUUGUUUCUGGUGACCAUGGUGAGUCAAGAACUUGCAUCAUCAAGGGAAUUACACCAGAAUAUGGUUUGCUUAUUGCUGAAGAUGAAAAGAAUCAUGAAGUCUUGCAUUUACAACCAGAUGGUAAUUCAUUUGAUAUUUUCAAAGGCUUGGUAUAUAAAAAGAAUACAUAA